AUGAGUAUUAAUAUUGGAAAGAAAGGUUUCGGAACCAUGUCUAUGACAUGGACUGUCCAUCCACAACCAUUAGCUGAAUCAAUUAAAACUUUACAACAUGUUAGAACUAAAUAUGGUGUUAAAUUUUUCAAUGGUUCUACCUUUUACCACGUUGGUCCAGAAAGAUUGAACUUGAAGUUAUUAAGAGAAUUUGCAAUUGCAGCCAAAGAUCCUGAAUUGAUCUUCUCAAUCAAAGGUGGUACUAGUCGUGAAGAUUUCAGAAAACCUGCUACUGACAAACAAGGUAUUGAAGAUGAUAUGCAAUUAUUAGAUGAAUUCUUUGGUGAUUUAAACCCAAAACCUAAAUUGAUUUAUCAAGUUUCAAGAGUUGGUCCACUUCCUUACGAUCAAACAAUUGGUUAUAUUCAGGAACAUGUCAAAACUGGUAGAAUUGAUGGUAUUUCUAUAAGUGAAGUUGGUGUUGAAUCAAUCAAAAAAGCUGUAUCUGUUGCUCCAAUCUCAUGUGUUGAGGUUGAAGUUUCAUUAUUUUCCCAAGAUAUUAUUGAGAACGGUAUUUUAGCUGAAGCUGCCAAACAUGGUAUCACUAUUGUCCCAUAUUCUCCGUUAUGUAGAGGUAUUUUAACUGAUCAUGCUGUUGAAACUGAUUUCUUGAAUAAUAUCCCAGAAGGUGACAUUAGAUCUUUCAUCAAAUUAGAUAAAUUCCAACCAGAAAACUUUGAAAAGAAUAAAGUUUGUUUAGACAAAUUAUAUGAUUAUGCUCAUAAGAAAAAGAAUACCACUUUAGAAAGUUUAGCUUUAAGUUACUUGAAUGGAUUAUCUGGUCUCAAAGAAUUUGAAGGUAUUAAAAACUUACCACAAUUCGUUCCAAUUCCUUCAGGUAAGUCAAUCGAAAGAGUUGACCAAAAUUAUUCCAAUUUAAUUGAUUUAUCUCCAGAAGAUAUUUCAGAAAUUCAAACUAUCUUGAAAGAAAACAAAGUCGUUGGUUCAAGAUAUAAUGCUCAAAUGGAAAGAACAUUAAAUGGCUAG